AUCGGGAAGAUGAAUUUUGACGACAUUCUUAUUAAGUUGGGGGAGUUCGGGAGGUAUCAAAAACUCCUUUAUUUUCUGGCCGUGUGUCUGCCCGGUAUCAGCUGUGGCGUGUAUAUGGUCAUUUCCGUUUUUCUACUUGGUGUUCCGGAUCAUCGGUGUGCAUUGCCUUUCAUCGAAAACGACACAUACGCUAUUCAAAGCGAGACCCACCGAUCAUUGAUUGAUCUGUAUAUUCCCAAUACCGAUCCCGAUGACGAUACAUUGCUAUACGACAGAUGUAGUUACUAUGUCUAUGACAAUACGUCAUUUAUCAGUCCUAAUGGAUCUCGACACAAAGAAAGCUGCUCAGAAUGGGUGUAUAGUGAGGAUGUUUUUAAGUCUACAUUUGCAAAAGAGAUAAAUUUGGUGUGUGAUGACCGCUACAAAACAUCUUUAGCAAAGUCGCUGUUCUUCCUCGGCGUUCUCCUCGGUGCUCUCGGGCUCGGGAUCCUGUCUGAUGCCAUUGGCCGGAAGAAGACCCUCUGUCUGUCUGUUAUUGCGAUGAUGGCUUCCACAAUAGGAUUGGCCUGGGCCCCGAAUUACAUUGCGUUUGUAUUGAUCAGGAUCUGUGUUGGUGCCGCAACAUCCGGGGUAUUCAUGACAGGAUUUGUGAUAGGUAUGGAAUUGGUGGGGCCCGGCAAGCGACUUUUUGCUGGUGUUGUGAACGAGAUUUUUUUCGCUGUGGGCCUUGUUCUUCUAGCAGGCGUGGCUUAUGCACUCAGAGACUGGUUUUGGAUUGAGCUAUCUCUCUCUAUUCCAACUGUUGUUUUCAUUUCAUUUUGGUGCAUUUUACCAGAAUCACCAAGAUGGUUACUUAGUAAAGGACGAAUCGACGAAGCAGAAGAGGUGUUACGAAAGGCAGCAAAGGUUAAUAAUGUCACACUUCCGGAAAAACUGUUUGACGACGAUGUCAUGAAGAAGCCCGAAACUGCCGCAUUGUGGAAUCUGUUUACUUCAAGGGUCCUACUUUUCCGAACAUUAAUAAUAUUCUUUAACUGGAUGGUUGUUAGUAUGACGUAUUACGGCUUGUCGUUAAACACCGGAAAUCUCGGUGGAGAUUUUUACGUCAACUUUUUGAUAUCCGGUGUGGUAGAAUUUCCCGCAUACGGCCUUUGUCUGAUCUUGCUGGACAGAUGGGGAAGGAAAAAAUGUCACUGUACCUCGAUGCUUCUAGGGGGAAUUGCAUGUUUAUGUACCAUUUUCACAAUCAGUUUCGGUGGAAAAGAAUUCCAGUGGUUGACAACGACACUGGCUAUGAUAGGAAAACUUGGAUCCGCCGCUGCUUUUGCUGUUAUCUACGUUUUCUCUGCUGAGCUGUAUCCCACGGUGGUCCGUAACGCCGGUAUGGGAGCCAGUUCCUGCUGCGCGCGCAUCGGUGGAAUAUUGGCGCCAUACGUAGCAGACUCGGGUGUUUUGAUCGGUGGUCAGUUUGGUCAAGCUGUUCCGCUGGUUAUAUUUGGUGGUGCCUCAGUGUUGGCUGGUCUCCUAUCCCUAAAACUUCCGGAAACACUAGACGAGAGUCUUCCGGAAACUAUUGAUGAUGGCAUUGCAUUUGGAACGCCAGAAUAUAGGAAGAAGUCCCUCUUGUCCCUAGCGGUGGAGGCCCCUUCCCCAGAUAUUGGAAUGACAAAGCUGUGACACCGGUUUAAUAUAGCGGAAAAAUGAAUACAUGUAGCACGAGAGCUGUUCUAGAUCUAUUGU